AUGGACCCCUACGAGGAAGAGAACCCAGCUGUGGAAGACCAGCAGGAGAAGGAAAACGAACACAGCAACGAGAAGAUCAUCAAUGAAGAAUACAAGACAUGGAAGAAGAACGCGCCCUUCCUCUAUGAUAUGAUCCUGAGCACAGCUUUGGAAUGGCCAACUCUCACAACCCAGUGGCUUCCAGACAAACAGGAAGUCCCGGAUAAGCCCUAUUCAACCCAUCGCCUGCUUAUCGGCACUCACACUGCUGGCGAUGCCCAGAACUACCUUCAAAUCGCCCACAUACAACUUCCCAACCCCAAUGCCCCCAACCCAGAUGAUUACGAUGACGAGCGUGGAGAGAUUGGUGGAUAUGGUGGUGGAUCGAAGAAACCUCAGAUGGAGAUCAAAUUUAAUAUUGCACAGAAGAUUGACCACAAGGGCGAGGUGAACAAAGCUCGUUAUCAGCCUCAAAACCCUAACAUCAUUGCGACAAUGUGUACCGACGGCCGGGUGAUGAUCUGGGAUCGCUCAAAGCACCCUAGCCAGCCCACGGGGACCGUGAACCCUCAGAUGGAGCUUUUGGGACACGAGGCAGAGGGCUUCGGGUUGAGCUGGAACCCCCAUGAGGCUGGUCAUCUUGCUACUGGUAGCGAAGACAAGACUAUCCGACUCUGGGACCUCACCACAUACACCAAGGGUAACAAGGCCCUUCGGCCUAGCCGCACUUACACUCACCACUCCUCAAUCGUGAAUGAUGUUCAACACCACCCUCUCCACUCAUCUCUAAUUGGAACUGUUUCUGAUGAUAUCACCCUUCAAAUCCUUGAUGUCCGUUCUGCCGAUACUACUCGUGCUGCUGCGAUUGCCGAAGGCCAACAUCGCGAUGCCAUCAACUCCAUCUCUUUCAACCCGGCAGCUGAGACGAUCCUGGCGACCGGCUCGGCAGAUAAGACCAUUGGUCUUUGGGAUCUCCGAAACUUGAAGACCAAGCUCCACUCUUUAGAAGGCCACACGGACUCUGUGCAAUCGAUCUCGUGGCAUCCCUUCGAGGAGUCUGUCCUGGCCAGUUCCAGCUAUGACCGAAAGAUCAUUUUGUUCAUGCAUGGCGGUCAUACCAACCGGAUCUCCGACUUCAGCUGGAACCUUAGCGACCCAUGGGUAUUGUGCUCAGCGGCGGAAGACAACCUCCUUCAGGUAUGGAAGGUGGCGGAUGCCAUCGUGGGCAAGGACCUAGAAGAUGUUCCAACUGAAGAGCUCGAGGCAUGA